AUGGACCCUAAACCAAGCAUGACAAUUGAUGUUGUGCUGAGACAAUUAGCUGAAAUUACAGUAUCCUCAAGAUCAGUUGCUCUCCUAUCUCAGAUGUUAUCCUUGAUAACAGAUGAAGGUCAAAUGAAAUCUCGAGAGAAUGACGACCCCUACAGAAUUAGAAACGGCACGGGGUUCGAUAUCGAAGUGUGGUCCUCUCAUGAGCCGGAAACUAAAAAGGUUCUUAAGAACAAUGAUACUACAUCUUGGUCAUUUGAGGAUUGGAGAGCAAUCAGAGAGAAUUUGGACUCUGACAACUCAAGAGGACAAUUGGCCGUCAAGCUUCUUGGGUCCGACUAUGGUACAAUCGACACAAUUCCAGUCACCGGUGAGGGUGAAGAACUUUAUGUUUUGACACCAAGCAAGGUAGGCUAUCAUAAUCGUUUAUGUGCUGAUGUCUCUCUUGGAGACGACAAUAUUAAGACUAUAUGGUUGCGAUCCACUUUGAAGGUUCAGAACGACACAGACAUCGCAAUAGUGAUAUUGCUUUCUGGAAAAGCUCCUGGAAGUGGUGAUUCGUAUGUUGUUCAAGCGAAUGAAGUGCAAGCGCUUCCCAUUGAUAAAAUCUACGAGUCUGAAAUACAGAUCCGUCCUCAAGUUGACGUAACUUAUAACUGGUCCGACAAAAAAAUCAGCUGGUCGCAGCUUCUUGAACGCUCUGCCUCACUCAAAUGUUCUGCGGCCCAAAAGCAAGAUGUGUCAACAUUCAACUUUGAAAUCAACGCAAAGUAUGACCAAAGUGAACCUUUGGCAAAGAUUUAUCCUCAUCUCACCAUGGUAGUUUCGGCUCCAGUGGAAAUCGAAAACUUGCUACCAUAUGACUUCACUUACAGGAUCUAUGAUAAGAAAACCAAGAGUGAUUGGAGUGGUUUGAUUCAAAAAGGUGUUAAGAGCUAUGUUCACAUUGUUAGCCUUGCUAACUUGUUGAUGCUUAGUGUUGAACCGAUCGAUUGUGGGUUUGAAAAAUCUGAAUUUGCUAUCAUUAAUACUCCCGCUAAAAGUGAGUUCAAUCGUGAACAUACUAUUUCCUUGAGGCACAAAAUCACAGGGCAGCAUCUCAAAUUAAGAAUUCAUUACCCAAGAAAAGACGGAAAAGCGGGUAUCAAACUACAGGUGUUUUCGCCUUAUGUCAUUCUCAAUAAGACCAAUCAAAGCAUCAGAGUCUCUGAGAGGAAUAACAUAAUGCAUUCUAACAAUUCGACUUUGGAAACCUCGCAACCUUGUAUGUUUUCAUAUGACAAGUUCGGCGACAGGCAGAACAGAGCACUUUUGAAGAUUGGAGAUUCGAACUGGACAUCUCCAUUGAGUUUGGAUGCUAUUGGUCAAAAUAAUGCAGUGACUGCUCAAAUUCCAAAUAAGCAGAUGGGAAUGGAUGUGGCUGUUAGCAUCGAAGAGGGUACCGGACGAUACAUUUUGACCAAGGUAGUAACAAUCGCCCCAAGGUUCAUUUUGAAAAACUUGCUUGAUGAGGAUCUUACGUUUGUUGAAACUGGUUCCACCAAACAAUUUACGUUGAAGAAGGGCGAAAUGCAACCUCUUUAUGGUUUGCGAAAUGUGGAAGAAAAGAGCUUGUCUGUCAAGUUCACCCAUAAUGCCAAAGGAUGGUCGUCAGCAUUUGCUAUAUCUGAUAUAGGUCAGAUGUUCCUUAAGGUCGGCAAAGAAGGUGUGGGUCAAAUUCUUUUGAAGGUCAAUAUCUUGACGGAAAAUGGAACUGUGUUCAUUCAAGUUGAGAACUCCAAUAACCAUUGGCCAUUUUCUAUUCGUAACUUCAGUGACUGCGACUUCUAUAUCUAUCAAGCGGAUCCUAAUGUCAAUGAUAGAGGAGAGGUUGUAAAGAGGGACACACCUUACAAACCAAUCUAUUAUAAGGUACCUGCUAAGAGCGUUAUGCCUUAUGCAUACGAUUAUCCUAAUGCUGUGAUCAAGGAACUUAUCAUAAGAUGCCGUGGAAUGGAGAGAAACGUGAACUUGGCAGAAAUUGGUAAUUUGAAACCUUUCAGAUUACCAGCGUCUCAAGACCAAGAACACGUCAUUGUCGACUUGAAUGUGGUUGCGGAUGGACCAACGCAAUCGUUGAUUUUAUCCAACUACGAUCCACUGGUGAGUUUGUACAAACUCAAGGGAGGUACUUCUUCCACAGUCAAUGUCUCGCAAAAUUUUGAAGCCAAUGAGGUUGAUGAGAAUUAUCACACCAGAAUUGUUACUAGAUUUGAAGGCUUUGGGAUCUCGUUGAUCAAUACCAGAUUGCAAGAACUCUGCUAUGUUACUUUGCGUGGUCUUGAAGUUCGCUAUAAUGAGUCAGACUUAUAUCAGAACUUGAGUUUAAAACUCAAAUGGAUUCAAGUUGACAAUCAGUUGUAUGGAGGUAUCUUUCCAAUCGUGAUAUAUCCUACGGUUGUACCCAAAUCUGGUAAGGAGAUGAACAACCAUCCAUCUUUCUCAGCUUCAGUUUGCAAAGUUAAAGACGAUUCUCAUGGAGUGUUAUUCAUCAAGUAUGCAACUACCUUGCUACAGGAAAUGACAAUUGAAAUUGACGAGGAUUUCUUGUUUGCUCUUUUGGACUUUGCUAAGUUCCCCGGCGCCUCAUGGAAUAAGAAGAUAGAAGACAAGUUAUGCGACGAUAAGCUUGACCUUCCCGAACCAGCAAGCUUGUCUGAGAGUAGUGAUGUCUACUUCGAGGCAUUGCACUUACAGCCCGCUUUGACCAACCUUUCUUUCAUGCGUACUGAGAGAGUCAAUGCUGAGGAAAAGGCGCCUUCCCAAAACACUUUGAUGUUUUUCUUCAACGUGCUCACCAUGGCUAUAGGAAACAUCAAUGAUGCUCCUAUCAAACUCAAUGCCUUGUUCAUUGAAAACAUCAGAGUUCCACUUCCAAUUUUAAUUGAGUCUAUUGAGACGCAUUAUGGACAGGCAUUCCUCUACCAAGUGCAUAAAAUAUUGGGCUCUGCAGAUUUCCUUGGUAACCCAGUCGGGCUCUUCAAGAAUAUCUCUUCAGGUGUGUUGGAUAUCUUCUAUGAGCCAUAUCAAGGUGUGGUGAUCAACGACAGGCCACAAGAACUUGGUAUUGGAAUUGCCAAAGGUGGUUUGAGUUUUGUGAAGAAGACUGUGUUUGGCUUUUCAGAUUCGUUUGCAAAGGUGACGGGAUCGUUGGCGAAGGGACUCUCUGUGGUGACUCUUGACAGACAAUUUCAAGAGAGACGCCGGCUUAAUCAACGAAGAAAUAGACCCAAGCAUGCGCUCUAUGGAUUCGCUUCUGGCGCUAAUUCCUUUUUCGAGUCAGUAUCGUCUGGAGUUACAGGCUUCGCUACUGCUCCAAUGGAGGGUGCAGCUAAUAGUGGAGCAAGUGGAUUUUUCAAAGGUUUAGGAAAAGGUGUUGUUGGCUUACCAACCAAGACUGCCAUUGGGUUCUUUGAUUUAGCCUCAAAUGUGAGUGAGGGAAUUCGUAACACAACUACAGUGUUUGAUACAGAUGCAUUAGACAAGGUGAGGUUGCCUCGUUACAUAUCUGUUGACCAUGUUAUCCGUCCAUAUUCUCAGCGAGAAGCUCAAGGUCAAUUUUGGUUAAAAUCAAUUGACGGCGGAAGUUGCAUGAAUGAGCAAUACUUGGCACAUUUAGUGUUGCCAGGUGAGGAGAAGUGUAUUCUUGUCACUUUCCGGUUCAUUGUGUUAUUUGCUAUAAAUACUCUCAAGACGAACUGGAUGGUUCACUUUGAAGAUAUUAGUGCGAUUACAGUUGAAGCCACAGGAAUAAGUAUUGGUUUGAAGAAGAGAAACGGACCUUUCAUACCAAUUCCUGAGAAGGCUAACAAGUCUUUCUUGUAUAACAAGAUAGGGUUGGCGGUUGAAAAGUUUAACAAGAAGUGUCAAGUUGAGUUAUAG